AUGGCUAUGGCCCUCGUUCCCACGGGUCUUACGACCGACAUUGAAUCUGUCUCGCUCUCCAAGUUCGUACCACGCAUCGAAGGCCUUUCACAAACAUGCCAAGUAGCAUACAACACAUCGAUACAGGGUUGUACCCGCGCCGACUUCCCCAAAAACAGAGAUGACAGUAUCAACAAUUGCAGCAACGACUGCGUCCAAGGGCUCAUCAAGAUAGUACAACUCGUCGACCAGCAGUGCUCAACGGUCGUAGUACCUGCGGAUUCAAUCAUUGGUGUCGCUCUGUCUGGCAACCUUCUACCCAAGCUCUGCGGCAAUAUAGUAGUCGUAACAUCGGGACAGCAGACCUCAACACAAGGAUCCUUACAGACCUCGAGCACAUCGGCAGAAGCAUCGACCACCCAACAAGCACAAUCCUCGAGCGCACAGGCGACCAACAGCGCACAAAGCACCCAAUCUGACACAGCGGCAAGCUCCGCUGCCAGCUCGUCGAAUCAGUCGACACAACCCAGGCCUUCGAGCACACAACAAGGCAUCGCCAUCGAUACCGGCACUCCGCCCCCAGCACCGAGCGAGACGGCCAUUGGCCAAAAGUCAAAUCCGGACUCGGGUGGCGGCUCACCAUUCGACGUUACGUUCUCGGGUUCAUCAUCUUCAUCGCGCGUCCGGUUAAGCGGAUUCACAAUGACGACGAUGUUUGGUGUCUUUGCCUGUCUUGUACUUUUUCCGUGA